AUGGAUACCACGGAUUCAGAUGAGACGGUCACCGAAGGGCUAGUCACAGUCAGCAGCUGCUCUAUAGACGGACAACCGCUAUUCUAUAACCCACCACAAGUCUUCAAUCGAGAUCUCUCACUAGUAGUACUCAAGACAUUCGUAGAAUAUGAAAAGACACGGGCCAACACAUGUAGGUCGGUAACCGGCAGAAGCUUUGUAGGCGAUUUCGUAGGAGUAAAUGUACUGGAAAUGCUAGCAGCAACAGGAAUAAGGAGCAUAAGAUACAUAAAAGAACUAGGAGAUUAUGUUAAUCAUGUAUACAUUAACGACCUGGACUACAAUUCAGCAAAGGCUAUUGCACUCAACUGUCAAGCUAAUGACAUACCAGCAAACAAAUACCGAGCUAUAUGCGCAGAUGGAAAUCUAGUAGCACAGAUACUUACAGCACAACCAGAUGUACUAAGGCUAAUGCUCAUGAACGGAAAUAUACAAAAAAUACCAUGCGGAUUUGUACCAACAAAGGCCUUCAAUGCUAUAGAAGACCAUAAUAAAAAAGUUGAACAGUUUUUAGAUGUAAUCGCCGUAAGUCAAGGCACAGAGGAUAAAACGAAAUAUAGGAAUGUUAUCGACGUUGUUGAUAUCGAUCCAUACUCUACAGCAACACUUUUCCUAGAUUCAGCUGUCAGAUGCGUAAAAAGUGGAGGCAUACUCUUCGUUACGUCAACAGAUAUGCCAACACUAUGCGGAAAUAACCCACUAGUAUCAUUCUACAAAUACGGAGGCUCAAGUAUCAAAGCCGCAUUCUGCCAUGAACUAUCGCUAAGGAUACUACUAUACACAAUCGCAACCACGGCGGCAAAAUAUCAAAGAGUUAUGGAACCCCUGAUCUCAUGCAGCGCUGACUUCUACGUAAGGGUAUUCGUACGCAUAACAAAUAACGUACAACAAUGUAAACGAUUGAGCGAAAAUUGCGGAAUUUUACUACUAUGCGCACAAUGCGCUUCCUUCAGAUUUGUCAAACUAGGAGAAUAUAGUGAACCGAAACAAAGACCAGCAUCGCUACCUAACGAUGUUGGAGGCAACUGUGAUGAAUGUGGUGGAAGACUCAAGAUAGGUGGACCACUAUAUAUAGGAAGCAUACACAAUAAGGAUUUUGUACGUGCAACACUCAAAAAUGCAGAAACAGCACGACAAUCAUUACCAGGGGUAACACAAAACCCCAAAAUAAUAGGAACACUAACAGCAAUAUCGGAGGAACUAGAAGAUGUUCCACUACACUACAACAUACCGUACUAUUGCCAAAGGUGGAACCUAACCACGAUAAGCCCAUCGGCAUUCAAAAAAUGCCUAGAAAAUCUAGGAUACCGCGCUUCACACUUUCAUAGAGAACCACAGUCGCUCAAAACAGAUGCACCGAAUAAAGUAGUCAUGGAUAUAUUAAGAUAUCAAGCACAACAAGAAGGCAAAGUUGGGACACAUAACUUCUUCAAAACACCUAUACAAACCAAAAAUAUCGACCUAACGCUACGCGAACAACCAGAGAAAAAAACAGUAGCAAGGUGGUUGAAAAAUCCAACCGAUAAUUGGGGUCCAAAGAAAAUGCAUAGACAGACCGCAUCGUCACGUGUAUUUAAAAAAAAUUAA